GCCUUCCCCUUGGUCACUGCUGGGUCCCGCCACGUUCUGGGGCUCCCCGGGACUCUCUGCUUUGCAUCUCCCUGGUCUCCUCCGAGGCCGCGGGAGCGGGAAGCCGCCCCAUCCCGGAGGACAGCGGGGCAGACUCCCGGCCCUUUUUGGGGUUCGGUCUAGGGCCCCCCUCCUGUCCUCCCAGCGCCUCUGCCGGGUGGGGUGGCCCUGCUGGAACAGAAGCGCCCGAGCCUGGAGCCUGCGCCCUUUGCUCGCGUCCUCGGCGCCGGGGGGGACAGCGCCUUGUCUCCGGAUCACUGGAUUCCCGCGGGGCGCCCCAUCGCCUUCCGACUCUGUGUCCUUCCUGAGGCCGGAGCUUGCAGGACGAGGGGAUGGCCCCUGUGCCCCUGACUUCCUCGGCCCCCCAGGAGUUGGUGACAUUUUGGGACGUGGCCGUGGACUUCACCCCGGAGGAGUGGAGGCAGCUGGCCCCUUUUCAGAAGGAGCUGUACCAGGAGGUGAUGCUGGAGAACUACCAGAACCUGGUGUGCCUGGGACUCAGCGUUUCCAAGCCAGCUGUGAUCUCCCAGCUGGAGCGAGGGGAAGCACCUUGGAGGCCAGAGGGAGGCAGCCCUGGAGCUGGCUGUGCAGAUUGGAGAACAAGGCUUGAAAUUGAGGAGUCAGCCUCAAAGUUGGUCCUCUCUUUGGAAGAAUCAUCUGGGGAGAGACUUACAAGGAAUGGUUCCUGUGCUUUCAAAUUGGGAGAAGCCUGGGAAUGGGAUUCCAGGUUCGACAAGCAGCAGAACUGUGAGGAAACAUAUACUCUACAAGUAAAGAUCAAACCUCCCAGUAAGGUGAGAAGCCAUGAAUAUAAUAAAUAUAGCAGAAGUUUUGGUCUAGGACCAGUCCUUUUCCCACAGCAGCGAGUAUCCAUGGGCAAGAAUCUUGAUAAAUGUGUUACACAUCGGAAGAGCUUCAGACUGUAUUCAGAUCUAAAAAAAUGCAAUAGAGUCUCCUCAAAGAAAAUAUUUUCUAAAUUUAAAGAAUGUGGGAAAUCCUUUAAUUAUAAUUCAGACCUUAUUGAAAGUCAUCGAAUGCUUGCUGGAGAGAAGAAACCUUAUAUAUGUAAUGAAUGUGGAAAGGUCUUCCGACAGAGCACACAUCUUAUUCUACAUCAAAGAAUCCAUACUGGAGAGAAACCUUAUGAAUGUAGUGAAUGUGGAAAGGCCUUCCGUUUGAGCACAAGACUUAUUGAGCAUCAAAGAAUCCAUACUGGAGAGAAACCUUAUGAAUGUAAUGAAUGUGGGAAGGCGUUUCCCCAGAGCUCAAAACUUACUCGACAUCAGAGAAUCCAUACAGGAGAGAAACCUUAUGAAUGUCAUGAAUGUGGGAAAGCCUUCUGUCAGAGAACAGGACUUACUCAACAUCAGAGAAUUCAUACAGGAGAGAAACCUUAUGAAUGUCAUGAAUGUGGGAAGGCCUUUCGCCAGAGAACAGGACUUAGUCGACAUCAGACAAUUCAUACAGGAGAUAAACCUUAUGAAUGUAAUGAAUGUGGGAAGGCCUUCCGCCAGAGAAAAGGACUUACUCAACAUCAGACAAUUCAUACAGGAGAGAAACCUUAUAAAUGUAACGAAUGUGGGAAGGCCUUCCGUGAUAGCUCACAGCUCAUUCGACAUCAUAGAAUACAUACUGGAGAGAAACCUUAUGAAUGUAAUGAAUGUGGGAAGGCUUUUGCACGAAGCACAGAACUUACUGUACAUCAGACAAUUCAUACUGGAGAGAAACCUUAUAAAUGUAAUGAAUGUGGAAAAGCCUUCCGACAGAGUUCACAGCUCACUCAACAUCAGACAAUUCAUACUGGAGAAAAGCCUUAUAAAUGUAAUGAAUGUGGGAAGGCCUUCCGCCUGAGCACAGGUCUUAUGGAGCAUCAGAGACUUCAUACUGGAGAUAAACCUUAUGAAUGUGGUGAAUGUGGGAAAGCCUUCCGCCAUAGCUCACAACUCACUAGACAUCAGAUGAUCCAUACGGGGAAGAAACCUUAUGAAUGCAAUGAAUGUGGAAAGUCUUUCCCCCAGAGCUCACAGCUUACCCAACAUCAGAUAAUUCAUGCUGGGGGGAAACCUUACAAGUGUAAUGAAUGUGGAAAGGUCUUCUGCCAGAGCUCACAACUUACUCAACAUCAGAUAAUUCAUACUGGGGAGAAACCUUAUGAAUGUAAUAAAUGUGGGAAGGCCUUCCCCCAGAGCUCACAGCUAACUCGUCACAAGAGAAUACAUACUGGGGAGAAACCUUAUGAAUGUAGUGAAUGUGGAAAAGCCUUCCGCCUGGGGACACAACUUGCUGUGCAUCAGACAAUUCACACUGGAGAGAAACCUUACAAAUGUAACGAAUGUGGAAAGGCCUUCCGUCUGAGCAAAGGACUUAUGGAGCAUCAGAGACUUCAUACUGGAGAUAAACCUUAUGAAUGUAAUGAGUGUGGCAAGGCCUUCCGCCAUAGAUCACACCUUACUCGACAUCAGUUGAUACAUACUGGAAAGAAAUCUUAUGAAUGUAAUGAAUGUGGAAAGUCCUUCCCCCAGAGCUCACAGCUUACUCAACAUCAGACGAUUCAUACUGGGGAGAGACCUUAUGAAUGUGGGAAAGCCUUUAGGUGGAGCACAGGACUUAGUGAACAUCAGGGUAUUCAUGUAGGAGGGAAGCCUUAUGAACUUGAGAAGCCCUUUCGUCCUAGUUCACACCUUACUCAACAAUGGAGAAUCCAAACCGGAGAGAAACUUUAUGAAUGCAAUGAUUGAGGGAAAGCUUGCCUCCAGAGUAAACACCUCACUCAGGGUCAGUUCAUACAGGAGAAAAGAACCUGGUGAAUGAGGAAAGGUCUUCAACCAUAGUACAGUCACUGACCAUGAGGUUAAUUCUCGCUGGAGAGAAGCUUAUGAAUAGAGUGAAUAUGAAAAGGAUUUCAGCCAGAGCUACAAUCCUUUACUGAACAUUGGAAAAUUCAAAGAAAAGGAAAACCCUGUAGAUCAGAGGUUCUUCCCUUUUUGUGUCCUGGACCACUCUGGCAGUCUACUGAAGUCUGUGGACUCCUUAGAACUAUGCUUUUAGAUGCAUAAAAUAUGUGGGAUUACAAAGGAAAUGAAUUAUACUAGAAUACAGUUACGAAAAAAAAUUCUAAGUUCAUGGACUUCAGGUUAAGAAUCCUUGGUAUGGAUGAAGCAGGUACAUAUUAAUUCCCUUAAGUCAUUGUUUCAAGCUAUUUCCUCUCAAGACCCUAGACACCUCCCUCCCUGAUCCCCAUAGGUUAGUGGUGACUUGAGUCUGAGAAAAUAUAAUAUAAGCAAUGCUUUUUGAUCUGAGGCCCAAGACCCCCCCCCCAAACCACUUCCUCUUCCCAUUCCUUCUAUAAAUCCCUUAUCUCCUGGUGUAAAUAGUGCCUGGGGCUCUGCAGGGAAUAUUUCUGUGUUGGUCUCCUGCAAUCCUUUCUCCCUCAAGUGAAUAGGGUUCCCUGCUAUGCUCCCCUACAAUCACCAACCAGGCCACAGGGAUUUCCCAGCUCCAUUCUCAUCCCUGAACUUGAUCAAAGCUUCCCAGGUGUAACACUCCUGCAGUAGCAACUCCAGGUCACACCAAGUCAAGUUUUUGUGUGCUAACCUUUCUAUCAUUCCCGUUCCUUUUGGAGGAAUAUAUUUUAAGGUGUUAUCAAAAACAAAAAAUAACUUCAUAACUUUUCAUAGCAGUAUUUGUAAUAAAAAUUCAUGGAAGAAACUUAAAUAGUUCACUAUAGGGGCAGGUUAUAAAUAAUCAUUCUAUUAAAUUCCAUUAAUUUAAUGGAAAAUUAGAAUAUGAUCGAGAGAAGCAAGUUUGAGGAAUAUGACAAAAUCUGGGAAGGUCUCUGUGGAAUAAAAUCAAGGAAAAACCAGAAACCAGUGCCCAGAAGAGCCAUCAUAAUGUGACUACAGCAGCAUGAGAAAAAAAUGAAUGGGAAUGAAUAGAGUCUUGAGAGAGACUUGAAGGGGAGUAAUUAAAACAUCAUUUCAUACUUUGAAAUUCAUUUAUUUAAGUAUCAGUAGUUGUAAAGCUGGCUUAGUUGUACUCAUGUUUGUACUACUAAGUUUAUAAGUAAAAAAAAAAUGAUGGCAUUCUAAGGGGAGCUCACUCCCAGCAGCUCAGCUCUGUUAAAAUUCUCAGUAGCAGCAGCCAUUCACCUCUUACUAUCUUUCACAGAAGAAGGUUCCCUCCCAUCUUCUUUAAUGCUAAAUUUUCUCAGUUUCAGUUCCAUCUCCUAUUGCCUAUGAAAGCCAUCACUCCAGUAAUCCUGUCUUCUCCCUCAAUACUUCAUAUUCAAUCUGUCCCUUAAACCUUGCUUCUUCUCAGCUGUCUAUCCAAAUGCCCUGGUCUAUGGAGUACUUAAAAAAAACCCAACACCAACACAGACCUUUCAUCCCAUCCAGUUAGCUCCCCUUUAUUGUACUUUUCACUGCCAAACUUAAUAAAGAAUGAUGUUUACACACAUUUCCAGUUCAACACCAUCCUCAAUGCUUUUCAGUUGUAUUUCUGCUUCAACUGUAACUGAUCUCUGAAAAAUCACUAGUGACUUUUGAAAUAUAAUGACCUUUGUUGCAAUCAUCAUUCUUCUUUUUGUUGUCCAACUCUUUGAUACUGUUGAUUAACCUUUCACGUAAUCCCAGGUUUUCUGAGUUGUCCAACCUUGCAAGUUGUAAAACCUUAGUCCAA